AUGAAACUACGACUUUUUGUCGUUUUACUAGUCUUCUCAGCAACUUCGUUUGCCGAUAACAAACAAGCAGUAGAAGUAAAUCCAGAAGACGUUGACGACGUGAAACCACCAAUUGAGGAAGAUGAAGAACGAAAAGAUGAAUCAUUAGAAAAAGUCACCACUCCUCCAACCUUGACUUUUCUGAGCUCGACUGCCAACGUCACUGCUCCAGCUGAAGUUGUUGCGAUUCCAGCGGCAACCAAUGCUACAAACGUAGAAGUAAAAUCUGAUCACGAUAAAAAAGAAGAACUACUAACUGGAAAAGACGAAACACCACUGGCAAAAACAGAAGCUAUUCCAGAAGCAACAACUAUCGCAGUAGAAACUUUAGCACCAAUUGUUCCGAAAGAUCCAGAAGAGGCAGAUGAUGUGAAAGAGGAAGAAAAGGAGAACGCAGCACCUGAAUUCGAAGCAAAACAAGAAGUUGAAGGAGGAAAGGGAGAAGAGGACCCGGAUGCAAAUGUUGAUAAGCCAGCAGCCGUCGAUCCUCCAAAGGAUGAAGCUGAUGGAGCUGCAAAAGAAGAUCGUGAAACCCCUGCAGUCGGAGCAGAGGGAUUGCAUGAAGCUGUUGAAGAAGCGCGUGGAAAUCCAGCUCCAGGGGCUGCAGUAGCUGACAAAAAGAAAGAUUCGGCCGAUGAAGAGCAAACUUUGGAAGCUGGUCCAGUAAUACGGCCAAAUAGAUUGGAUUCUUCUAGUGAAUAUCAGUCAAGUUUCCAACGUAUUCGUGGCUCGGAAGAGGAAGGAACUGGAUUUAUGUCAUUCUUCUUCAUCGCCUCGUUCCUCAUCAUAGCUAUCUACUUGCUUCAGCACAAUAAGAAAAAGCUUCUUGGUCUCAUGUUUGAAGGCCGAUCUGGAAGAGGAUCACGCUCGAGAGCCGGAAAUGUCCGUUAUCGUCGAUUGAGCCAAAAUGAGUCUGGCAACUGA